CGCCUGGCCGAGGGGGAGACAAGAUGGCGGCGCCGGGCGAGUUCUUCAGCGUGGGCAGUCUCGUGUCCUGCCGCACGUGCCAAGAGCAUCGGCUGCAGGGGGAGGUCGUGGCCUUCGACUACCCCAGCAAGAUGCUGGCCAUCAAAUGCCCCUCGUCCAGCGGGAAGCCAAACCACGCGGACAUCCUGCUGGUGAACCUGCAGUACGUGUCCGAGGUGGAGAUCCUGAGCGACCGCAGCGACACCCCCCCCCCGCUGGCCUCCCUCAACGUCAGCAAGGUGAGCGGCAUUCCCGACGCUGGGAAUGCUGCAGCGCAGGGAGCGUCCGUGGGCUCGGCUGGGGCAAUGGGAUCUGUGUCACGGUGAUGGGCAGUGUGCCGCAGGGGUCAUCAUUGGGAUCAGUCUGAUGGGGGCAAUGGGAUCUGUAUCCCAUAUGGAGCUCAGUGAUGGGUGGUGUUCCUCAGGGAUCACUGUUAGGAUCAGUCUGAUGUGGGCAAUGGGAUCUGUAUCCCAAAUGGAGCUCAGUGAGGACGGUGUUCCUCAGGGGUCAUCAUUGGGAUCAGUCUGAUGUGGGCAAUGGGAUCCAUAUCCCAUAUGGAGCUCAGUGAGGACAGUGUUCCUCAGGGAUCACUGUU